UUUUUUAAAAUAAAUAUUUAAUAAAAUAUUCGUGACUUUACGUUUCGGAUUAAAUGUCGUAAUUAACGCGUCUUACAUUUUUUCACGUUAAAAAUUGUAAAGUAAAAAAAUAUAUUAAAAUGUUGCCUCGGAGCGGUUGGGAGUCCCAGUCCCGCUCUUCCGGGUUGGGACACGCGUGGAAGAAGGUCCUCGGAAAGUCCCACGCUCCACUCCCAGAGAUGCUGCCCAGAUCCAGCGUGGGUCUGCGGGCACCUGUGCAGGAUGGCAGUGUCACCGACGUGCGCUACCGUCGCUUCAUCCUGGUGGCGCUUGUCAUCCACCUGGUGUUUUUCGCCUCCAUCUUCGAGAUCUACUUCAGCUCCCCGCUGGUGCAUGGAGCCAGCCCCCACGCCGCGCCAGGCCCCGCGCCCGCCCGGCGCCUGGUGCUGUUAGUGGCGGACGGGCUGCGGGCAGACUCCAUCUACCGUCCCGUGAGCCUCGGACAGAGCCGUGCACCCUACCUGCGGAGAGUGAUGGAGGAAUUUGGCAGCUGGGGCAUCUCCCACACGCGAGUGCCUACGGAGUCACGGCCGGGACACGUGGCCCUCAUUGCUGGUUUCUACGAGGAUGUCAGUGCUGUGGCUAAGGGUUGGCAAGAAAACCCAGUGGAGUUUGAUUCCGUCUUUAACGAGAGCAGAUUCACUUGGUCAUGGGGAAGCCCUGACAUCCUGCCCAUGUUUGCCAAAGGAGCAAGUGGGGAUCACGUUCACACAUUUUCCUACGAUGCAAAGAAGGAAGAUUUUGCUUCGAAAGACGCCUCUAAAUUGGACACUUGGGUUUUCGAUCAUGUCAAGAGCUUUUUAAAAGAUGCAUCCUCAAACGAAAAGCUGGCCGCCCAGCUGUCCCAGGAUAAAAUCGUUUUUUUUCUACAUCUUCUGGGACUCGACACAAAUGGUCACGCCCAUCGUCCUGCAUCGAGGGAGUACUUGGAUAAUAUCGCAAGUGUGGAUCACGGGAUUGAAGAGAUUGUGUCUGUAAUCGAAGAUUAUUUUGGCAAUGACAAAAAGACCGCUUACGUAUUUACUUCUGAUCACGGCAUGACUGACUGGGGGUCACAUGGCGCCGGGCACCCGUCUGAGACUCUCACUCCGCUGAUAGCCUGGGGUGCCGGGGUAAAUAGACCACAUCCCCCAGGUGGACAGAUACACACAGACACUCACUCACAAGAUUGGGGUCUUGGCCACCUUAAUAGAAUGGAUGUGAACCAGGCUGAUGUGGCGCCUCUUAUGACUUCUCUCCUUGGGAUUCCCUUUCCUCUCAAUUCAGUGGGCGUUCUGCCUCUGGGCUACCUCAACAACUCGGAGCUCUUUAAGGCAGAGAACAUAUUUGCAAAUGCUCAGGCAAUAUUGGAGCAGUUCCAGCUGAAAAUGAAUCAGAAGAAGGAAACUCUGUCCCCUUUCUUCACACCUUACAGGCCUCUGUCUGACAGCAGGUGGCAGGAUUUGUUGGCAGUGACCAGGACCCACAUUGAGCAGCGCAAGUUUCAAGAAGCCGUCAGUGCCUGCCGGGGGCUGAUUGACGUGGCGCUGGACGGGCUGCGGUAUUACCACACCUAUGACCGGGCCUUCCUGGGCACCAGCGUGGCAUUCGGUUUCCUGGGCUGGAUCAGCUAUGUGGUUCUGCUCGUGCUGCGCAAGCACACUGGCGUGCUGACGUCCUCCAGUGCAGGCACAGCGCAUAGAGACAUACACGCGGCGUCUGCUCUCGCCGUUGGGGCGGCGGUCGUCGUGCUCCUGCUGCUGAAGUUCUCUCCGUGGACUCACUACGUCUACUGCCUGCUGCCCGUCGCCACCUGGGGCGCUGCUACCCAAAGCACGGAAGAUUGGCGCAAGGUUAUGACGACAUUGCGGCUUUGUGGCCUCAAAUCUUUGCUCGGAGGUUUGCUCUUGUCAGUGAGUGGAAUUGAAAUAAUGGUUUUGAGUUUCUUUUACCGCGAGAUGCUGAGUGUGGGGCUCGUAGCGUUGGCUGUGUGGCCUUUUACGACUGUCCUCUGGACUAAAGACAAGCUCGUGUCUGGGAGCUGGUCACUCUCCUGCCUGUUGCUGGCCAUCCACCCCCUGCUGCCGGUGGUGGGGAGGGAUGCCAACAUCUCCCUCGUAGUGCUGGCCGGUGCUCUCACCGUCCUGUUGUCAGCACUGUUGAUGCUCGCGCUCCAUCGGGUGUUGAAAACGUCUGACUUCUCAUGGUGGCAGACCGCCACAUGUCUGACACAAAUGUGCAGUGUGGCGAUGUCGGUCUACAUUGUGAGCAGCACACAUGGCAGUCUUGCCGCAAAAGAGGGCCUGCCCCUCUUCAACCAAAUCACCAGCUGGGCCACGCUUGGGUCGUCUCUUCUGGUGCCAAUGCUGAGUCCCACCCUGGUGAUCCACCGCCUGCUCAGCGUGUACCUGGCUUUCAUGUCCCCCUACCUCCUAAUGAGCACCUCACACGAGGCCCUGUUCACGCUCUCGCUCGAGGGCCUCAUGCUGGCCUGGGUGUGCGUGGAGGCCAGGACGGCUCGGCUCCAGGGCCUGGCACCUCGUGGCGAGUUAUCAAAAAUGGAUUUCACCUCGUCUGCCUUUGACACGUGGAGACAUCUCAAACUGGAUGACAUCCGAAGGGGUUACUUUUUUGUGUUUUUUAUUAUAUCGGCUUUCUUUGGAACCGGAAACAUCGCCUCCAUUAACAGCUUUGACCCUGCAUCAGUUUACUGUUUCACAACAGUGUUCAGCCCCUUCUUGAUGGGCGCACUCAUGAUGUGGAAGAUCCUUAUUCCUUUCAUCGUAGUUAUGUGUGCUUUUGAAGCUGUUCAAGAUUGCACGCGACUUUCUUCUAAGAGCCUUUUCCUGAUUGUGCUCAUCUUGUCUGAUAUUAUGGCUGUGCAUUUUUUCUUUUUGGUACAAGACUAUGGAAGCUGGCUCGACAUUGGAACAAGCAUCAGCCACUUUGUGAUUGUGAUGUUAACAACGAUCUUCCUCAUGCUGCUGAAUGGCCUUGCUCACAUCCUGACGAGAAAAUGCAUUGCAUUUCACAACCACCACGUCAAGAUUCUCUAGCCAUGAGUGAGCUCCAGGUUUUAAGGGUUCAUUUCGUGAUGGGUUUAACUGCAAAUGUUUUAGUCAGUAAUGUGCACGACUUUGAAGUCGAACAUUGUCAUAACGUCCUCAUAUAUAAACUAAGCACGUGACGCUAUUUCACUUUUAUAGAACUCUGCUCACUUGGAGCAUUUGUAAAAGCCUGUUGGAAUAAUGUAUCGCCCCAAUAAUUGACUCUUAAGAUUGCACAUUUCGCCGUGUAAAUAUUUUUGGUUACCGACCUAUGUUCACUGUUAUCAUGGUGCAAUGAUUUUUGUAAUUGCAUCGCCAAUGUUGUGCUGUAAACAUUUUGUAUUUAUACCAUUCUAAAUGGGGACCUACUUAUUUAAAUAAGCGGACUUACAAUGAAGCAUUUUGUACUCUGGCCUAAAAGAAAUGAAUAAAAUUGGUACAAAUCAUUUUUGAUACACAUUAGUACUCAGUAUCUGCACCUUUUUUGAGUUCGACGUUGGAUGCACUGGGCAGUUUCUUUAUGAUUUAAAGUAUCAUGUUACGUCGCCAACGAGUUGGAUAUGGAAACGUAUAUAUGCACGGCCACUUAAAAGCCUUCAAUAACUGUCAUGGGAAAAAAACUGCACCUAAAAAGGGAGGAACGUUUGUGGACACAAGCUUUUGCGAUUACUUGGUUCUGAUACUGGCACCCGAUGCGACAGGGUGGUGCUGCCGCACGAGCGCUUUACAUCACGCAGCCAGCGGCCUUUAAAGAUGCACCUCCAGUGGAUGCGGUCCCCCCUUUGAGCACACACGUUGACCCAAAACCUGGCCUGCAAACGGACAUUAACCUACCAGUAGGGGGCCAAGAUUGCGAUGUGUCAUCACAAUCGAGUUUGCAGGCAAUUUCCAAUUUGCACCCCUGACACUGGCACACAAGAGCCACCUCCUCCUCUUGCAAAUGAUGUCAGGGGAUCUUUCGGGUCCACUGGGAAGCACUGUUGCUGUAUUGUGGUUAUUACUCAGUGCAAACCUUGAACCCGAACAAGUGGCGAACGCGCUCCUGCCAGGACAUGUCACCCUGUUGUAUAUAGUCUUUAAAAAUAAUAAAAGAUGUAAUUUUAAAAUGCAAUUAUGCAAAUACAUGCAAUUGUGCUAAUUAGGCUCGGCGUCAUUGUCACGGGUGUAUUACCAAUUGUGAUAAUACAAUGAUUCUCGCUUUAACUUUUACUGAUUGUUUCAGUCUAUUUAUGUCAGGUCUCAAAAUUCAGAUCUCACCGCAGGAUACAGUUCUUACAAUUCAGAAGGAACCACUCAGACUCUUGUGUUAAGCAACUUUAAUAUCUAAAAACACUAAUAUGCGAAUACUUAUGCUCGGAAUUGUCAACACAGUACUCCGGGAGAUGCCCUAAUCAUUGAUCCGUACAAUUAACCCUCAAUAGUUAGGUUUGUUAAAACUCAGCAACAGAACAAUCGGAUAAUUUCUCAGAGUAGGACGACCUUACACGGCGAUAGGAAGUCCUUAAAUAAAUAAUGACACUAUUUAUAUGAACAGUCAUAAAGAAACAUGUGCCCAAGACAAAAGUAGACACCAAUGAAUUCAUUGGUAAGAUUAUGUAGUUAAGAAAUGUCCCGCAACAAUGUGCGAGUGUAUGUUUAGCUAACAGACGCUUAUCAAUUGGCUAAUGGGCUUUAAUGAGAACAAUAGGCUACCCCUCAAGAGUAGCGCGACCCCACACGACGAUGGGAUACUUAUGUCUAGUGUGUCAUAAAUGAGUUAAUUGGUAAGAUUAUGCAAUUAACGAAAUGUCCUGGAACAAGUGUGCGGCAGUGUGCCUGUUUUCCUAACAGAUGCUUAUCAAUUGGCUAAUGGGACAUCAAUGAAUACGCGGUCAAGUUUGUGAUCAAAAGAAAAAUCUCAACACAAUAGUAUUCCUGAGUGUGGAUUCGUAACAUAGAUGCUUAUAAAUGUUUAGUGUAUCAUCAAUUUCAUUGGUAAGGUUAUGCAAUUAACGAAAACGAAUGACUAAAAUUUGCUUAACUAAUAUUUAUUGUAUACAAUAGUUGUUACCAAGGGUAUUCCAAGGGUUUUAUUAACCUUUGUUCCCCAUCUGUAUCGCCAGGGAUCCGUGCUUCUUAUUCUCAAGUUAUAUUUUGAUAUCCUGAGGUUGAAGAUAUAGCUACUUCGAAUUCUACUCUUGUAUUUUAAAACCCCAGUCCGCCCGCAAUGCCCAACCCCGCCCCUGGCUGGCUCUCACUGUCUGGGGAACUCCGUGACCCCUGCUGUUUGUCCGGUGUACGUGUUGUUCUUU